CCCCACCAGUCGCGCUGAGCCGCUCGCUGCCCGCACCGAUGCCGGUCCCGGGCGGGCUCCUCCUGCUCCUCGCCGCCGUGCUGGCGCUGCAGGCGGGCGGAGGGACCGUGCCCACAGAGCCUGGAAGCAGUGACAUCGUUCAUCCCAUCAAGGUUGAUGAGCGUGGGUCAUUCCUGUCCUAUGAUUUGUCCCACCGAGCACUUCACCGGAGGUCUCCCUCCUCCAGGAGCAAGUUUCUCGCCUUUUAUGAACUGCAUUACAAAGGGCAGCCCCUGAAAUUCAACCUGAGCCUCAACAGCCACCUCCUGGCACCCGGCUUUGUCAGUGAGAGGCGGUACGGGGGCAUCGCCAACGCCAAGAUCCAGUCCCAUCCCUACAACUCCUGCCAUAUGGUUGGGGAGGUGCGGGGCCAGGCGCUGCAGGGAGGCUUGGCUGCGCUCAGCACCUGCGAUGGCCUGAAAGGCGUGUUUCAGCUCAUGAACGAGGACUAUUUUAUCGAACCAGUGUCCACCAGCUUUCGGGAGGAUGGAACAGCACAGCCCCAUAGGAUAUAUAAGCGUCAGGUGCCUGAGCAUGGGGCAGAGCAAGGCAGCAGGCCACCAGCUGCAUGGGAAACCUGCGGAGUGCAAGAAUCUCAGCAAAGCCUGGAGCAGUCUGAAAAGCGGAGGGAAAGAUGGGAACAGAGGCAACAUAGGAGGAGAAGAAUAAAGCAGCGCUCUGUCAGCAAGGAGAAGUGGGUCGAAACACUGGUGGUGGCAGAUACCAAGAUGAUAGAAUACCACGGGAGCGAGAAUAUAGAGAAAUACGUGCUGACUGUGAUGAACAUGGUGGCGGGGCUGUUCCACCAUGCCAGCAUCGGGAACCCCAUCAACAUUGCAAUAGUGCGACUCAUCCUGCUGGAAAAGGAAGAGGAGGAUCUGAAAAUCUCUCACCAUGCAGACAACACCUUGAGAAGCUUUUGCAAAUGGCAGAAGAGCAUCAACGUUAAAGGAGAUUCUCAUCCCCUGCAUCACGACGUUGCAGUCCUGCUCACAAGGAAGGACAUCUGUGCAGCAAUGAACAGGCCUUGCGAGACCCUGGGCCUGUCCCACGUGGCGGGGAUGUGUCAGCCCCACAGGAGCUGCAACAUCAAUGAGGACACAGGACUGCCGCUCGCCUUCACCGUGGCCCAUGAGCUCGGACACAGUUUUGGGAUUCAGCAUGAUGGAAGCAGCAAUGACUGUGAGCCAGUUGGGAAAAGACCUUUCAUCAUGUCUCCACAGCUCCUGUAUGACACGUCCCCACUCACCUGGUCCCGCUGCAGUCGGGAGUACAUCACACGAUUCCUUGACCGGGGAUGGGGGCUGUGCCUGGACGACCCCCCUGCCCGAGAGGUGCUGGAUUACCCCUUGGUGCCCCCGGGUGUCCUCUACGAUGUGAGCCACCAGUGCCGGCUGCAAUACGGCCCCUACUCCACCUUCUGCGAUGACAUGGAUAGUGUCUGCAACACACUGUGGUGCACUGUAGGGAACACGUGCCAUUCCAAGCUGGAUGCUGCUGUUGAUGGCACGACGUGUGGGGAGAACAAGUGGUGCUUCAACGGAGAGUGCGUGCCUGUGGGGUACCGUCCGGAGGCCGUGGAUGGUGGCUGGAGCUCCUGGAGCUCCUGGGCUGCCUGUUCGCGCAGCUGCGGCGCAGGCGUGCAGAGUGCGGAGAGGCAGUGCAGCAGCCCCACGCCCAAGUACGGGGGCAGAUACUGCCUGGGAGAGCGGAAGCGGUUCAGGAUUUGCAACAUCAGGCCGUGUCCGCUGGACAAGCCUUCCUUUCGCCAAGUCCAGUGCAGCCAGUUCAACCCUAUGCUCUACAAAGGGAAACUCUACAAGUGGACACCGGUGCCCAACAACAUUAACCCCUGCGAGCUGCACUGCCGCCCAGAGAACGAGUACUUUGCCGAAAAGCUGCGAGAUGCCGUCAUUGAUGGGACGCCGUGCUAUGAGAUGGACGCCAGCCGCGACAUGUGCAUCAACGGCAUCUGCAAGAACGUGGGCUGUGACUACGAGAUCGAUUCCAAAGCGGUGGAGGACCGGUGCGGCGUUUGUCACGGCGACGGCUCCACCUGCCACACCGUCAAGAAGACCUUUGAGGACAGCGAGGGACUGGGUUACGUUGAUAUUGGGAUUAUCCCUGUGGGAGCACGGGAAAUCCGGAUUGAAGAAGUUGCAGAAGCUGGGAAUUUUCUGGCACUGCGGAGUGAGGACCCGGAGAAAUAUUUUCUGAACGGCGGCUGGACCAUCCAAUGGAAUGGGGACUACAGGAUGGCAGGGACAACCUUCACCUACAAGAGGACAGGAAACUGGGAGAACCUCACCUCCCCAGGGCCCACUAUGGAGCCCGUGUGGAUCCAGCUGCUGUUUCAGGAGACCAACCCCGGCGUGCGGUACCAGUACACCAUCCAGCGCCCAGCUGACAGCGAGAACGAGAUCGAGCCGGCAGAAUUCCUCUGGCGCUUCGGCUCCUGGACCACAUGCACUGCCACAUGUGGGACCGGGGUUCAGCGGCAGGUCGUGCACUGCGUGGAGAAGCUGGCCGGCAUCGUGGAGGAGCGGUACUGCAAUGCGCUCACCCGCCCCGAUGACCAGCAGAGAACGUGCAGCGAGGAGCCCUGUCCGGCCAGGUGGUGGGUUGGUGAAUGGCAGAAAUGCUCCGCCACCUGUGGUCCUUUGGGGCUGAUGAAGAGGACAGUGCUCUGCAUCCAGAGUGUAGGGCUGGAUGAGCAGAGGGCCUUGCAGCAAGCGGAUUGCCAGCACCUUUCCAAGCCAGAUGCCACCGCACCCUGUCACCGGGAAGUCCCCUGUCCCUCCCAGUGGGCUGUGGGCAACUGGUCCAAGUGCUCCGUGACGUGCGGAAACGGGACACAGAAGCGUCCUGUUUACUGCAGCAACAGCACUGGAGCUGCUUGUGACCCUGCAGAAAGACCCAGCUCGGAAACCGUUUGCUCCUUGCCGCAGUGCCAGAAGAAAUCAGACUACACCAACACAGACUGGUCUGGCAGUGGGUCCUCCAGCAGAGAGGUGUUCAAUGAGAUUGAUUACAUCCCCAGCAACAACAUUGCUAAAUUUAACCCCUUGAUUCCAAAUCUUCCAGAGUCCAAUGAGGUUAACAUCAUCACUGAGGAGGACUUCUCAGCCAGGAAAGGAAAUGUCUUUGUUGAUGAUUUUUACUACGAUUAUAAUUUUAUCAACUUCCAUGAGGACCUGUCUUACUACCCCUUCCUGGAGAAGGAGACCAAAGGCGAGGGGCAGAAGCCAGAGCUGAGUGAUAACGAUGUGGAGAUGCCUGCCACUGUCCUGCAUACUGUCAAGCCAGGAGAAGGGGCAACCAAAGACCAUUUGGUGAUCAGCAAAACAACUGCUUCUGCUCCUGUGCACAGUGAAGGAGAGACGGAGUCUGGGGGUUUAGCCAGGAAUCACCUCCUAAGUGUGUUCCUUGAAGAUGCAGGGACAGCCACUCCCAAAUAUGCCAUCCUCAACUUCAUGGGUGAGAAGGAGGAUGCAACUCUUGUGCCCCACUACAUGGAGCACCCACUUACCCAGAGCUAUGACUCUGCAAACAGCCACAACCACCCACCACUGGAUGAACCCCAGGAAGACGUACUGGUGAGAACCAGUCUUGGGGAGGAUGCUCCAGCUGUUAGCCCUACUCCCUGGGCUACUCACGCAGCCAAUGCCCCCCCAUCACUGCCCCCUGGCAGAGGUGAUGAUGGCGCAGACACAUCUGACAGCCUAGGAGAGCCGGGGAGCAGCAGCGAGGGGCACGAAAGCACAGAGGGGCCACGUAGCGCUGCCAGUGAGGAGAAUGACUUGGCCAGCUCUGCAGGGAGAAGCCAUGAAGACUCCAGGGAAAUGGGUCUUGUCAUCGCCAGUAAUGCUAACCGUGCUGCCCCAGAGGAGCAGGAAGGGUGGGCAGAAACUCCAGAGAGGAUGGUGGGCACGCACGCAGCGAUGGCAGCUGACGAGCAAGCCCAUGAGACAGAGAGGGCAGGUCUGUCUUUCCCCACCCCGCAGGGACCUGGGCAGGAGGUGGGAAGGAUUGCUGGCGACACCCAUCCUGCUGUGAGUCCCCAUCCCAUGGGUGCUGAGAGGGGCACUGUGGGGCAGGCAGGGCACCAGCCACAGCUCCGCACCCCUACGUCCCUGACCUCAGCUCCCUUGGUGGCCACUACAGCCUUUGCUGCAGCAGCAUUCUUAUCCGCUGCCGUGCCUGGGCCAGCCACCCAGCUCAGUUCCAGCGGCCUCAUCCAGGAAGAUUCCCUGAUGCCAGCUGUGUCCAUGGUCCCAGCUCACAGCCCUCCUGUGCACCCAACAGGAGCAUCGCCCACUGAAUCCCUGCCAGUGUGGUGGACCGUGGGGGUGUCCUACGGCCCAGGGGCAGCAUCACCCAAUGUACAGCAGAAUUCCCAUGGGAUCCUGCUCAGCAGCACUGUGCCAGGGCAAUGGUGGGAAACCCCAGGGAUGUUUGCUUUCAGUGAUGGGGAACACAAGCUAUCGCAGCCCACACCUGGCCCCCCGCCGCUCUGGGAAAAGGAAGAGAUGGAGGAGGAGGCGACUUUUCUUCCACUGUCAACCACCAUGGCAGCCACUGCAAUGCCCAGCUGGGAGGUCGGGAACUGGAGCGAGUGCUCGGCCACCUGCGGCGUGGGCGCGAUCUGGAGGACCGUGCGCUGCAGCAGCGGCAGCGACGACGACUGUGCUGCUGCCAACAAACCCGUCCCUGCUCGGAGGUGUUCCCUGAGACCGUGUUCAUCGUGGCGCGUGGGGAACUGGAGUAAGUGCUCCAGGAACUGCGGUGGGGGGAUGAAGGUUCGGGACGUGCAUUGCAUUGACACCAGAGACCAGAGGCUCCUACGUCCCUUCCACUGCCAGGCUGUCCUCUACAAACCACCCGCGCACCUCCCCUGCCGGAGCACACCGUGCCUGGACUGGUACACGUCCUCCUGGAGAGAGUGCUCGGAGUCAUGCGGCGGUGGGGAGCAGGAGCGGCUGGUGACAUGUCCAGAACCAGGACAUUGCGAGGAGAUGUUACGGCCCAAUGCCACCCGGACAUGCAACACACAUCCCUGCACCACCUGGGUGGUGGGCUCCUGGGGAGAGUGCACGGCUCCCUGCGGUGGAGGCAUCCAGCGGCGCCAGGUCAAGUGCAUCAACACCAAGACGGGGCUGGCUGAGGAGGACAACAGCCUCUGCGACCACGAGCCCUGGCCCGAGAGCACCCAGAAGUGCAACCUGCAGGACUGCGAGAGCUCUGAGUCAGGCUUCACCUGUGAGCGCGACCGCUUGACGUUCGGCUUCUGCCAGACCCUGCGCCUCCUGGGAAGGUGCCACCUCCCAACGGUCCAUCUCCAGUGCUGCCAAAGCUGCCGUCAGCACGGGCACCACGCGGCACCCGGCCACGACCGUGGGGACGAGCGUGCCUCCAGGAGGUGACAGCACCAUCCCUGAUGGGGAGAAGCACCAGGACCCGCGGCGGUGGCUCCCAGAGGGACCUGGGUCACAGCCAGGACUUGGGGCUCUGUCUCGUCCCGUGGCAGUGCCGGCCGGUGCCACCACGGCUCUUUCGAAACAUGGGCAAGGCUUGAUUUCUUUUAUUUGUGCUACACUCUAACGGUGCUCAAACCAUUGGUCUGAAAGAUAAGGUCUGGCAUGGGCUGGGUGUGCGGGUCCCACGGGAGAUGCCGGAGCAGCCAGGACCCUCCAUCAGGUAACGCUGGCCCUGGGCAAACAGCAGGGAAACGUUCCGGGGGGUGGAAACCGAGAGCAGCAAUGAUUCCGGGGAAACCUCCCAGAAAUGCUUAUGGUGCUAUCAUUUGAUGUUUUCAGCCUCUAGAUGGUGUUGGCAGGCCAGCACAAACCUCUUGUCUUUUGUUAUUGUUUUUAUAUGUCUGAAGUGAGCAUCCAGCAUUCCACCAGCACAGCCGGACGGCUGGCUUAGGUUUGUUUUUUUUUCCUUAAGGGUCUUGAAGCUGACAACCCAUUUCUGUAAUUUUCAUUAAACUGUUUACGCACUGAAGCGGAAUAGCCAUAAUUUAGGAGAUGGAGACAGGGCAGAGCUAUAAAGUAUCGGCUUUACUUACUGCCACGAGUCCCAGACUCGUGGUGUGUGCAUACACUCCAGACCCUUGUCUCUCUGCUCCUGGCUUUCUCUGUCAAAGCCACUGCCCCCAUCACUCUGGGGACAGGGACCAGUGAAAUGAUGCAUUAGGACCCCAAAACCACAAUAUCAUUCCCUGGUUUGUAAAGGAGAGGGGAAGGGCAGGGCAUCCCCUUCGCUGCCUCCCUGUGCUUACACACCUGCAUUUCCGUAUGCAGUUACAGCGUAGCAGUGUAAUGGUUGAUGGAGGUGUUUUCCUGUGUUCUUAUUAGCUAAAUACCCCCUCUCUGCUUAUAUAGAUUCACCUCUGUUAAGGUUAGUUGAUUCUUUUAACUAUAAUAUCGAUAUUGGACGAGGAGCAGCCGUCAGCCAGCACAGCCCUUCCGCCUGGUCUGGGGAUGCUGUACGUUAGUCCCUCCCUGCCCCAGGGAGGAUUUGCUGUUAGAUUGGGCCCUGAGGAGGGUCAGGAGCAUUUUUGGUAGGAAUUCAUUUCUGUAUGAUGCUUCAGGCUAUAGAGGACACCCAGAAACUGGGAGGCGGGGAAGGAGAUCCUAUUUGCAUUGGAGGGCACGGAGAAAGGCAGGACAGCAUCGGCCACGCCGUGCGGUCACACAGUCCAGGGGGUGUUUUUUCUUCACCUCCGCUGUCGGGAACAAUGUUCGGUCCCAGAACAGGGGAAAUCUUCUAUGUAAAACACAAGCCAUGACUUCACCAUUUGUGUUAUAUUACUUUCCAACGUGGUGUAAAUUUUCAUGUUCACAGAGCCUGUGUUCAGUUCUGUUUUCCUUCUCAGCAGCACCAUCCAUCCCAUGCUUUCAUCACACUCCCAUGUUUUGCUAAGGGAUAGCCUCUAAAUGUGUUGGGGGUUAAUGGCUAUAGCUCACGAGUGUGUUAAAUUAAAUAGUUACUGAAGAAAAGGGAAGGGUUUUGUAUUUUCUCUACUCCUUGGGGAAUUUCACGGGAUUUUUCACUGAAACUACAGUUCGGUGGAGACCCUUUAGGUACUGGGCUCACUGGAGGGGAUUGGGACUUGGGGGUGUUGAUGGAUGAUAAGCUCAAUGCGAGCCAGCAACGUGCACUCAGCCGAGAAAGCCAACAGUGUCCUGGGCUGCAUCCAAAGCAGUGGGACCAGCAGGGAGAGGAUUCUGCCCCUCUGCUCUGCUCUGGUGAAAUCCCAGCUGGAGUCCAGUGUUCAGUUCUGGAGUCCUCAGCUCUAGAAGGACAUGGAUCUGAUGGAGUGUGUCCAGAGGAGGCCAUGAGGAUGAUCUGAGGGCUGGAGCACCUCUCGCACAAGGACAGGCUGAGAGAGUUGGAGUUGUUGAGCCUGGAGAAGGCUCUGGGGAGACCUUAGAGCAGCUUCCAGUGCUGAAAGGGGCUCCAGGAAAGCUGAGGAGAGGCUCUCGAUCAGUGAGUGCAGGGACAGGAUAAGGGGGAAUGGUUUUCAGCUGAAAGAGGGGAAAUGCAUUUGACCAGAGACCACCGGCAGAGCCUUCCCUCCGAGCCUCCCAAAGGGCCUGGGCUCUGACCAGCACAGUCGGAAGAGCCCUCGAUCGUGCUUUUCAUCGGCGAUACAGGAUGCGUGGCGACCAGGAUGCAUUCACUUUGUCAUUCUAAGAUGCUUUUGGUUCAUUACUUCAGAAAGACCCCAUUGAAGCCGGGCACCGCAAACCUCGCACGCUUCAUUUGGCACAGAGUAAAGGGGGCGAUUCCCACUCAUUGUGAAAUGCAGCAAUGGGGGGGACAAAGUCUCCAAGACCUUUGCCCUCUCGUUUUUACUUGGCCUGACUGAAAACCAUUCAGUUUCUCUUCCGAGCUGUCUGAGACGACAGGGAAUUCUGUUCUUGCAGCCCGGUCACCUCCCAGUACGGGCUGGAUACCAACCCCGGCUUAACUGGAGCUGAGGGCUGGGGUUUAAGGCAGGAAUGUACAUUUAUACAAAUCUAGACAAGCUUCAUUGCAACAGCAACUGAUACUGAAGCAAAGCCUUCACAGGACUUGUUUUGGCUUUGAUGGAACUCUUUUACCUUCAGGAACUUGUUUUAACGUCAGUGGAAUUCUUUUGAUGGCAAUGGACUGGUUUUUGACUUCAACAAAUUUUUUUUACUUCAGUGGACCUAUCUUCACUUCACUGGACUUGUUUUGAUUUCAAGGGACUUGUUUUUUCUUCAGUAAACCGGUUUUGACUGAAGUGGGCUUAUUUUGACUUCAUUAGACUAGUCUUGAGUUCAAUUGACUUGUUUCGAAUUCAGGGGACUUGUUGUGAGUUCAAGGAAGCCCUUCCACCCCACUGGAUUUCUUUUGACUUCAGAGGUUCUGACAGAAUUUUUUGACCUUCAUGGACUUGUUUUGCCUUCAGUGGACUUCAACAGACCAGGUUUCACUUAAGAGGACUUGUUUUGACUUCUAUGGGUAUCUUUUGAUUUCAGUGGAUUUCCUUGACUUUAAGGGAUUUGUUUUGAGUUCAAAUGAAGUAUUUUAAAUUUAGUAGAUUAGUUUUGACUUUGAUUGACUUAUCUGGACUUCAGAUGACCUGUUUUGACUUCAAAAAGGUCAAAUACAUAUCUAUCAAACACUUCAAAAUACAUCUACUGAAUUCAAAACAAGUCCACUGAAGUCAGAACACGUCCACUGAAACAAAACCAAACUUACUGAAGCCCAAAGAAGGGCACUGAAGUCAACACAAGUCCACUGGUGUCAAUCGAUUAAGUCCAUUUAAGUCAAGACAGGUCCACUGAAUUAAAGAAAAAAAAGUCUAGUGAAGUCUAAACAAGUCCACCAGAGGCAAAAUAAUCCGCUGAAGUAAAGAAUCUCUCCACAGCAGUACAAGGAAGUGCAUCGGAGUCAAUAUAAGUUCCCUAAAGAACACUAAAGUCCUCUCAAUGAGCCCCACCAACUCAUGAAUAAGAAUCCUUUUCCCCUUCGGAGAUGGCUGAACUCCAUCUGCUGCCACACGGCUCAGUGCCAGGUAAACCCUCCAGUUAUCAUCGACUCACAGAAUGGUUUGGGUUGGAUGGGACCUGAAAGAUCAUCCAGUUCCAACUCCCUGCCAUGGGCAGGGACACCUCCCACUGGAUCUGGUUGCUCCAAGCCCCAUCCAACCUGGCCUUGAACCCCUCCAGGGAUGGGGCAGCCACCACUGCUCUGGGCAACCUGGGCCAGGGCCUCCCCACCCUCAGCGUGAAGAAACUCCUCCUUAUGUCUAAUCUAAACGUGCCCCUCUCCAAUUUAAAGCCAUUCUCCCUCGUCCUAUCACUACGUGCCUUUGUAAAAUAUGACAUAACCUGAAUACAAAUACAUGAAAAAUAAACGAUCUGACUACAAAUUGGAUUAAUAUGAAUAACCUGAUUAGAAAUAAGGUGAAAAUAAAGAAACUCAAUAUAAACUUAAAAUAAUCUAAAUGAAAACAAUCUGUAUAUAACUAACUAGAAAUGAUCUGACUAUAAAUAAUCUGAAUUACAUAGUGCAACAAUAACUAACCUGAGGAGGCAGGAGGCGGCAGUACAGCCCCGGCCCGAGGCGGAUGGGGCACGGGAGCCCCCGUUCUCGCUCAGCACCAAACCCAGCGCAAGGUGCUCCUCGUUAUUGCUCUUUAAUGAGCGGGAGGAGCGGAGCACCGCACCGCCAGCGCUGCGCGAGGGCACCCGCAGCGCCCCAGCCUCGGCGGCUCCCACCAGCGACCCUUCACCUUUAUAGAAUUACACUUUUAUUUCUCUGUUUUCUGUUUUUAAACAAUUCCUAGCGCGGAUGACACGGGAUAAUAUAUCCUCUUACAAUACAGACUUUUGUUUUAAUUUACACGCAGCAGACAUAAAUUACUUUAAAAAAUUUCCAUUAAAAAUAACAAUAAUUACCACGCCGCAGCCCCCUCUCCUGCCCAGUAGUCAGUACAUUCACACCGCUCUGGAAAAAAAACACAUUUGUUGCCCCAUAACGCGGCCCUUUGCAGGAGGGAGGGCUGGGAAGGAGCUACCGUGGGAUGUGGGGAUGAGCCCAUGGAACGCCCCAUUCCAGCGGCUCCGUGCCCACUGCAAGCCGAGUGCCCACCGGGACUGCAGAUGGAGAGAUUGGGAUAGAAGUAUAUAGAUUUCUUUUAUAUAUUUUUCUUUAUGUGUGUAUAUAUAUAUAAACACACAUAAGUAUAUUUAAUAUAUAUAAAGAAAUGCAUUUCCUAUAUAUAUUCCAUAUAUAAUCCAUAUAUAUUUCUUUAUAUAUACUUUCACAUAUAUAUAAAGAAAUAGAUUUAAAACUGUAUUUUCUUAAUACAUGUCAAUAUUUCUUUUAUAUAUUUCUUUAUAGACAGUCUCUAUAAAGAAACAUAUAAAUACAUAUAAAGAAACGUAUUUCUUUAUAUAGAGGAAAUAUAUAAACACAUAAAAAGAAAUAUAUAUUCUUUAUAUAUAGUA